AUGUUAAAUAAAUUGAAAGGUGUCAUCAGUAACAACACCUCUGUGGGAUCCGUUGAAAAUCAAAUCAACUCGACAGCAAAAUCAGCCAAAGAACAAGUCAAGAAAAAGUUAAAACAAGAGAGACGCAACAAAAAAAAACUACAGAAAGAACGGAAACAAGCAUCAACCUCAUCAUCGCUCCAUGAUGAUUCAACCAGUAUCAAUUCAAACACAAAUAUAUCGAAUAAUAUUUGGUCUGAUGAGAGCAGUGUAGUGAGUUAUGGUGGUUCAGGUACACUUCCACCAAAUAUUACACCCGAUCUCGUUGAUGAGAAAUAUAUGCAAAUGUUGGUUGAGAUUGGUGUUUCCGAUGAAGUAAGAGAAUAUGAAUCAACAACUAAAAGUACACUUGCCAAAUGGAAUGAAUGCCAAAGAUAUGAACAAUCAAAACAUGAGAAUGACGAACAAGAAAAUAAUGAACAAAGCGUUGAAGAAUUAGUCUCGGGUUGGGAGCAACGAGGCUAUGAUUUACAAACCUUAGAAACCAUUCACGUCCUAAUUCGUACUGCUCCUACCAAUUGGGUUCACCAUUUCAGUAUUCAUAAGGGUAUCCGAGCAAUUGGUGAAUGUUUGGCUCUUACAAACGUACUUGGAAAGAAGCGUGAUCAAGAAGAAUUACAAAAACAAGCACUUUGUGUGAGUUCUUUGAGGGCUUUGGUUAAUACUACAAUUGGUGCUGAUGAAUUCUUGUCGGAAACAGAGGCAGUCAAAAACUUGGCUCUCAUUCUUGACACUUAUAAUGUGAACACUGCAAGUCAGUGUUUGAGAAUUUUGGCAAUUCUGUGUGGAUGGUCAUUACAGGGAUUUUCGCUAGUAAUGAGUGCUUUUAACCACUACAAGUUGGUAAAAAGAGAAAAAAAGAGAUUUUUCGAUAUUGUUCAAAGAGUGCAGGAAACAAGAGAUUUAGAAUACAAGCUUUCUGUAAUGAUUUUGAUGAACGCGUUAUUAACCAAUGCUCCUGAUGAAGGAAGCAAAUCUCUCAUCAAGAAAGAAAUGAGAAAUCUUGGUAUGGUUGAAUUGGUUGAUGAACUCAAGAAUGAAUUAGCCAACUCUCUGUAUGGAGGAAACGAAAAUGAAGAAACAUUGAUUGAGCUCGGAAAACAAAUUGAGAAAUUCGAAGACAAGAUGAGCGAUCUUGGAGACGAACAUGCUGUUCUUAAAGAUCUUAGUGAUCCUACUGAAAUUGUAAAAUUACUAAACAUGAUGUUAAACGAAGCAUCCAUGACAAGCAUGCUUAACGUACUACAGAGAUUGCUGAACAUUGUUUUGAAAAUGAAGGAAGGAGCUUUGGACAGAGAAACUGUAAUGGAAGCAUGGAAAAAUAUGUUGACAUUGGUCAAGAGAAGUUUGAAACAAUCAAGAGAAACAGGAGAUGUUGAAUAUUGGACAAAUCUUGAAAUCAAAUUAGAAGAACAAGUUAGAUUGAAUCAAAGUCAAAUUAUUGAUCUCGAAGACACACAAUACAAAUUUAAGCAAGAACAAAACGAAAGACUGCAAGUAAAAGAAUAUGAAGCAAUUCAAAAAGAAAAGCAAAUGAAAGAUCUUUAUGAUCGCCUUGAGAAUGAAAAGAAGAUUAUCCAACAAGAAUACGAGUUGAAUCAGAGAAAGAUUGAAGAGAUUAAACAAGAAAUUGAAGCAUUACUAAAAGAAAUGCAAGAAGCAGAAGAGUCUAAAUCUAAACUAGUUUCAGAGCAAGAAACUUGGAAGAAAAAGUUAGAAUCUGACAAAGAUUCCCAGGAUGACAAUAUCAAAAAUCAACUUAAGGAAAUUACAGAUGAAACGGAUAAGGUUGAAAAAACAGGUAAAGAAAAGUUACAAAAGCUCAAGACCGAACAACAAAAGCUUGAAGCCAGUGAAAAAUCUUUACAAGAGACCAUUGCUUCAAUUCAGAAGGAAAUCGAUGCAAUCAAGAAGAAUCCAAUUAAGGUUCCUCCAUCCACUCCUCCUCCACCUUCUUCGACUGAUAACGUGCCACCUCCACCAGGCAGCACAGGAUUUGUACCACCUCCACCAGGCAGCAAUGAUGUAAGUGGAGGCAAUAUCCCUCCUCCUCCUGGCAGUACAGGCUUUGUACCUCCUCCUCCUGGCAUGGGUGGCAAUGUUCCUCCUCCACCAGGCAUGGAUGGUAAUGUACCUCCUCCUCCUGGCAGCAUGGACGGCAAUGUUCCUCCUCCACCAGGCAGUACAGGUUUUGUACCACCUCCUCCUGGCAUGGGCGGUAUUCCUCCACCACCAGGCAUGGAUGGUAACGUUCCUCCACCACCAGGCAUGGGUGGUAUUCCCCCUCCUCCUGGUAUGGGUGGUGGUGUUCCUCCUCCUCCUGGAAUGGGUGGUGUUCCCCCUCCUCCUGGAAUGGGUGGCGUUCCUCCUCCUCCAGGUAUGGGUGGUGUUCCUCCUCCUCCAGGUGGCGUUCCCAGACCACCAGGUAUGGUUGGCGUGCCAAUGCCUCCAGGCGUUCGUGGUGGAAUGGGUAGUGCUUCUGCUCUUCCAACACUUCCAGAUAAAGCUCCAAAAGAGGCCACAAGAAAUGUACACUUUGACCAAAUCAACAAGACUACCCUUAAUAAUACUGUAUUUAUGACGAAAGGGAUUGCUUCAAAAACAAACAAGAUUAUUGAGGAAAUUGAUUUAGACCAGUUAACUUCAUGCUUUUCAACGAAAAAGAAAGAAGAUCCAGGAAAAGAUGCAAAAACUUCAGACAAGAAAAAAGAAGUUAAAUCUAUGCUCGAUCCAAAACGAAGCUAUGCUGUUUCAUUACAAUUAGGUUCGUUAAGAGGUACAAGCUAUGAACAAUUGAAGAAAGCCAUCAUUACUAUGGAUGAAAAGAUUGUAACAGCAGACAAUAUUGGAACGAUCAAACAAAUUGCACCCGAACAAGAAGAAAUUGAUACUGUUAAUACCUAUGAUGGUCCAUUGGACGAGCUUGCAGAACCUGAUAAAUUUUUCAAGGUCAUGGACGGUAUUCCAAACUUGAAAGGAAGGUUGGAUGCUUGGGAGUUCAAAUUUAAAUUCCCUGACAUUAGCGGUAAAAUUAGACCUGAUAUUCAAAACUUGACUCUAGCAUGUAAGGAAAUGCAAAAUUCAAAAGGAUUUAUCAGAUUGUUGAGUAUUAUUUUAGCUAUUGGUAACUUUUUGAACGGUAAACAAAAGAACAAGAUUAGUUACGGUUUCAAACUGAAAUCGUUAGCAAAAUUGAACGAUACAAAGACUGGUGAUGGUAAAAGCUCACUUUUGCAAUACAUUGUAAAAUUCGUCCAAGAGAAGGAACCUGAGGUUGCUAAAUUUGAUGCAGAACUUGAACACGUGCAAGCGGCAACUAGAGUUAACAUUUCAACAUUAGAAGAAGAUUUAGAAGAAUUGAGAAAAGGUCAAAACGUUCUUCACACACAAAUUCAAAAGGCCCAAGAAGACUCUCUCGAAAAUGAUGGUUUUGUCGAGAAAAUGCAACCAUUUGCUGAAAAAGUAGAAAACACAAUCAUCAAAAUCAAGGAAGAUAUGGAUGUCAUGAAAUCUCACCUUGAAGAGGUCGCAGAGUUAUACAAUGAAAGCAAAGACGACUUGCUAAAAGAACCUGACAAGUUCUUCCAAAUGAUUGAUGCCUUUGUUCAACAAUUCAAACAAGCAGCUGAAAAGAACAUUCAACAACAAAAGGCAGACGAAAAGAAGAAGAAAGCUGAAGAAGAGAAAUUGAAAAAGGAAAAGUUAAAAGAAGAGCUCAAAAAAGGUGGUACAACAUCCACUCGAUUAGGAGCAUUGGGAACUUCGACGGCUGGCAGUAGCACAUCCACAGCCACGGGCUCAAAACCAAGUGGUAUUGGAAUGUUUGGUCAAUCUGUAGCACUAAAAGCCAGAAAGAGAGGAGAUGAUUUAACAGGUGGAAAUGUUGACUCUGGGUCUCUCAACGCUGCUUUUAUCAAAAAGUAA